ACGUGCGCCGGUCAUGUGACGGGGCAAGAUGGCGGCUUAUCUUCAAUGGAGACGCUUCGUGUUUUUCGACAAGGAGCUGCUGAAGGAGCCGGUGUCGGCGCCGCCGGUCCCGGAGCGGGAGUUCCGCUGCCCGGGGGACGCGGCCUUCAGCGUCUGCACGAGUGGCCGAGGCAGCCUGGUGCUGGGAGAUAUCGAAGGGAAUAUUUGGUUCCUGACACGGACUUUGCAAUUCAGUUCCUUCCAGGCUUAUAAACUCCGAGUUACACAUUUGUUUCAACUUAAACAGCACAGUAUUCUUGUGUCCGUGGGAGAGGAUGAACCAGGAAUUAACCCUCUGGUGAAGGUCUGGAAUCUGGAGAAGCGAGAUGGCAGUGGAAAUCCUCUGUGCACCAGGAUCUUUUCCGCUAUUCCAGGAAAUAAGCCCACAGAAGUCUCAUGUCUCAUUGUCCAUGAAAACCUCAACCACAUGGCAUUUGGAUUCACCGAUGGUAGUGUUGUCCUGAAAAAAGGAGACAUCACCCGUGACAGGCACAGCAAGACUGACGUUAUAGCAGAAGGAACUUAUCCCAUCACUGGCCUGGGGUUCCAACAGUCUGGUAAACAGACCCAUCUGUUUGUGGUUACUACAGAAAAUGUAAAGUCGUACAAUGUAUCAGUGAAAGAUUUUCCUGCGAUGGAGCUGGAUAACCAUGGCUGCAGCCUGCACUGUUCUGCCCUGUGCGACCCUUCACAGGACAACCAGCUGAUAGUUGCCGGGGACGACUGCGUGUAUCUCUACCAGCCUGAUGAGCGUGGGCCUUGCUUUGCCUUUGAGGGGCAGAAGCAGAUUGUUCACUGGUAUCGUGGCUAUCUCAUCAUUGUCUCAAAGGACAAGAAAUCUUCAAAGACAGAUUUUGUUUCUGGUAAUGGCCAGUCUUCAGAGAAGCAGAUACUGACCAUCUACGACCUGGACAAUAAGUUCAUUGCGUACACUGCAGCAUUCGAUGACAUUGUCGACGUACUGGCAGAGUGGGGCUCCCUCUAUGUGCUGUCUAGUGAUCGGAAGAUUAGUAUCCUGCAGGAAAAGGACACACAGACAAAGCUGGAGAUGUUGUUUAAGAAGAAUCUGUUUGUUAUGGCAAUCAACCUGGCAAAGAGCCAACAUUUGGAUAACGAUGGAUUGGCAGAGAUCUUUCGACAGUACGGUGACCACCUGUACGUCAAAGGGGAUCAUGAUGGGGCCAUCCAGCAGUACAUCCGGACUAUAGGGAAGUUGGAGCCAUCCUAUGUGAUACGGAAGUUUUUGGAUGCACAGCGAAUCCACAAUCUAACGGCGUAUCUGCAAGCCUUGCACCGGCAGUCACUGGCCAAUGAGGACCACACAACUCUUCUCCUUAACUGUUACACCAAGCUGAAGGAUAGUUCCAAACUUGAGGAGUUCAUUAAGACCAGUGAGAGUGAGGUGCAUUUUGACAUUGAAACCGCCAUCAAAGUCCUGCGUCAAGCUGGUUACUUCAAUCAUGCCGUCUAUCUCGCCGAUAAGCACUCCCAUCAUGAGUGGUACCUCAAAAUCCAGCUGGAGGAUAUCAAGAACUACCAACAAGCCCUCCAUUACAUUGGAAAACUGCCCUUUGACCAAGCAGAAAGGAACAUGAAGAAGUAUGGGAAAACACUGAUGCAUCACGUUCCAAAUGAGACCACCGAGCUGUUGAAGAUUCUCUGCACGGACUACCGACCAAGCAAUGAGCCCCUGCCAGAGAGAGAACCUGGCAGCAGAUAUGAGAAUAAGGCAAAUUCGGAGGAGUUUAUUCCAAUUUUUGCCAACAACUCUCGUGAGCUGAAGUUGUUUCUGGAGCACAUGAUCCAGGUGCAGGACAACUCUCCACAGGGAGUGUACGACACAUUGCUUGAACUCAGGUUGCAAGACUGGGCCCAUGAGGAGAACGUCAAGGCAAAGAAACAACUGCAGGAAGAUGCGAUGAGCCUGUUGAAGAGUGGAUUAUUUAAAACCGUUUUUGACAAGGCUCUGGUACUGUGUCAGAUGCACAAUUUCAAAGAUGGUGUGCUGUACCUUUAUGAACAAGGGCGACUGUACCAGCAGAUCAUGCACUACCACAUGCAGAGUAAUGAGUACGCCAAGGUGAUUGAGACUUGUGAGCGGUAUGGUGAGCAGGAAGCCUGCCUGUGGGAACAAGCGCUUGGCUAUUUUGCUCGAAAGGAGGAGGAUUGUAAAGAAUACAUCAUGAGCGUGCUGAGACACAUCGACAGGAACAACCUCAUGCCCCCUUUGCUGGUUGUGCAGACACUGGCUCAUAACUCCACAGCCACGCUCUCGGUCAUUAAGGAUUACCUCGUUAACAAACUGCAGCAAGAGAGUGACCAUAUCGCAGAGGACGAGCGAAGGAUCAAACAGUACCGAGAGGAAACCAAGAAGAUCCGAGAGGAGAUUGACGAUCUCGAGACCAGUGCCAAAACUUUCCAGAAAUCCAAGUGCAGCAUGUGCAACAGUCCCCUGGAACUCCCCUCUGUCCACUUCCUGUGUGGCCAUUCUUUCCACCAGCAUUGCUUUGAGAGUUACGCAGAACAUGACACAGAGUGCCCGACCUGCAUGCCAGAAAACCAUAAAGUCAUGGACAUGAUUCGAUCCCAAGAGCAGAAACAGGAUCUUCAUGACAAGUUCCAGCACCAGUUGAAGUGUGCAAAGGAUGGAUUCUCGGUCAUCGCCGACUAUUUUGGCCGUGGAGUCUUCAAUAAGCUGACGCUAAUCACAGACCCGUUUCCAGGGAGAGCUGCCACUGCAAACAUUGAUGCUGGACUGCAGAGAGACUUGUUGAUGCACUCCAAGGGCACGGCUUAGAUGGACCCGAAGACCGAUCAUCAAAUUAUUUUGUUUGCAUCCAACUUCUGCUGUUAUAUUAAAGUUGCAAUAAGUUGACUCCAUGACAAGCGGGUGCAGAGAUGAGAUGGACUUGCAGAGAGUUCGUGCCGGUUCCGUGCAUGUUGAUAGUUUUGGUGCGAUUGCUGUGGCAGUAUCCAGAGGGACUGGAGCGUGAGAUUCCUGAGGUUAACCUGUAUCCUUGCUGGUUUAGGCAGUGAAAUUUCCAGCCAUGUCACUGCUUUACUCUUCUAACCACAAUGGGAUGGAGGUAGCAAGAGCAGCUUUUCCUUUGGCUCACCUGAGAUGAACAGAGAUUCAUUAACUUGGGCUCUGACAGAUGUUGAGCCACAGAGUGGGAUCCGACAGUGGAUAGUGGGCAUGUAAAUAACCAAGCAGAAGUGCCUGCAAUUUGACUCGGGAGAGAGUAAUUCUGCUCUGCCUUGCAUCUUCAGAAAUUCAUUGAGCCUCCUUACUUGCACUGCUUAUAUCAUAUAGUUCAGGACCGAGUAAAGUACAAUUACAAAGUAGUUGCUCAACUACUGCGGCUUAACUAAGACUGUUUCCUCAUUGUAGCAUCCAUCGAGCCUUGAGUUUGACUUUUCUAAAUAUUAGCUCCAGUUUUGGGAUGUGCUGCCAGGCCCAGAAGCCGAUGUUGAAAUAGCAGGCUACUGAUCUCAGCGAUGUGGUUUACAUGUGUUCUCUUCUGCAUUUGUCUUCUGGAGUAGCACAUGUACAAAAUGGUCAACAGCAAAAUGCUGUUUGUUCUGUGUGUAACAGUACCAUACCUCACUGAGCUCAGCAGUCAAUAAACAUUGUCACACAAGUUACAUUUACCAUCAUGUUCCUAGUUGUAAUGUAUCGUUUCCUCUAGUUGUAUAGUGUUUUGUUCUUCUCAGUAAACAAAUGAUAAAUAUAAAGAUUAUUAUUACUAAAAAUA